AUGGAAUCUGGUUCAGUUGAGGGUGCAACUGUGGCAUCCCAGUCUGUACUUGAGGAUCCCAAAGUGGCGAUUUUGGAUUCCAAACACCCUGUCCCUGUUAGUUCAGAGACCAGAAUGGCUCAAGAUGGUGUGGGAGUAACAGAGAAACUUGGAGUUAAAAAGGUCUCCAAGCCCCUGUCUUUUGCUGAUGUUGCUGCUGCUGCUAGUGGUAAUUCUGGUAGCACUGGUACUACCCGUUCUCAUACCACAGAUGCCAUGAAAAGUAGAGAGGUUGUAUCUGGACCGACGGCUCAAUCACAAGAUCACUCGACGUCGCAACAAACUGAGAAUUCUAUAGAGGUACCAUCAGGGGGAUUACCAGUCGAUUCACCAAGCAAGCCAGUGGUAGAUCUAAGUUCUGGCGCUCCUAAAUCCACUGACGGUAAUUCUGUCGAUAUUGUGACCGGCGGUACUAUUGCUGAUAUUGGCUCUAAUUCUAUUAGUGCACAUGAAACUCCAUACUCGAGUCUGGAUCAUGUUCUCAGGCUGGCUUUAUUUGAUCCAAAAAACAGAAUGUUUGUGCUGAGACUAGAGAAACAAAUCCUGAGUCUACUGAGAACGCCAAAUGUCCAGUCAGUCGAACUUGACGCUAUGAACUCGUAUUUCCGCCUCGUAUCUCAUAAAGUAGCGGAUUAUUACGGCAUAGGUCAUAUGUCGAGUCUCGAGGGUAGGAGUGUGGUAGUUUUCAAGGAGUCAAAGCCAAUGAAACUUCCUCGAAUUAGAUUGAGUGAUAUCGAGAAUGAGAAUCCAAGUGGAAGUAAUGAUCACAAAGAAGGUAGUCUAAUGACUCCAAGUGGACCCAAUUCUAGUGAGAUACUUAGUGGUUAUAGUAGCCCUAGUGGAGGUAGUGGUGGUGUUGAUGGUCAGGCAUCAGCAUUAGAAUCGCCGAUGAAGAAGCUGGUUAUUACCAAACGGCCGGCGGUAUUGUUGAAAAAAGAUCGCGAGCAGCCUUCACGACAGUCAUCAGUGUCACCAUCGCCAGCUGAGCUGGAUAAUAGUGGUAAUAAUGGGUCUGUUCUUUUGACUACACCAGUUGAUACUGCUACUUCGAAUGGAUUGUCCGAGAUCCCGGAUGGCGGGAGUUCUGAUGCCGGCUCUAAAAAAAUUGACAAGCCAAAAUUGUUAAACCGAAGUGUGGUUGUAGAGGAAGACAAGAGAUCUGGUAAUAUGUCAUCUGAUGAAUCAGAUGUCACUACUCAGGAUGACAGUAAGAGUGGUACAUUAAAGGGACUUAGCUUUGAAGCCAAAGUGGCUGCCUAUGAAGAGGCCAGAGCAAGAAUCUUUAAGAAUUUUGUAGAAGCUGAAGAGGGUGAAGAUGAUGCGACUGUUGAUUCAACAACUAAGCCGGCUGCAGGUGAUCUAAGUGUGUCGGAUGCUAGAGAAUAUUCUCGUGAAUAUGUGAGACAGCAUGAUAUUAUCAGUAAUAGUAACAGUGUCUAUGCGUAUAACAAUCGAUCCAACCUAAGUGAUCCUCAACUUUAUAGCAAGUUUGAAGGCCAGAAACACCACAGCACUCACCCAACAUAUUCAAAUGGUACAGUUCAUAGAGCCAAAAGCGGGGGUGCUACCGGUCCCGACUUGAAUAGAAGUGGAAACAGCAUACAGUUUCAGGCUGAUACGGUUCGAACUCCAAUUUAUAACUACAAUUACCCCGGUUACCAAAACAAUGGCAAUGUCCCACAGCAGCAACAGGUGAAUCCUCAAUACCUGGCAUAUAAUGGUGCAGUAACAGGGAGGUAUCCGAAUUAUCCACAACUAUAUAACCAAGAUCCCAGUCUAGCUAACAGGGCUGAUUAUUGUAAUAAUGGUAUUUCACAAGGGGCCUAUUAUAACCCACAAGCAAUGUCUUAUCGACCACAGAACCAACAUCAGUAUCAACCUCAACCUCAAUCCCAACCAGUGCAUCAGUAUCAACCGCAGCAUCAAUAUCCACACCGAUAUCAGCAUCAAACACAGGGCUCCUACGCAUAUCAACAGCAGCCAGAAUAUCAGUACGCACAGCCAAGCUACCAGCAUCCGCAGCAACAGCAGCACAUGCGCCCGUAUCAGGAGCACCAGCAAAAGCAUCAGUACCAGCCUAACUACCCCAAAGUGCCACAUCAUUCCCAAGGAAUUGUCAGACCAGGGUCAGCACAUGCGUAUACUUCAGGCACGAUAUCCAACACACCAUCGUUGCUGUCAGGUACCAUCAAUUCAACUCCAACUGAGUCGACUAGUGUAGCUGUAGCUUCAAGUUCGGGGCAACAAACAACCACUACAGCUUCUAAUACAGCAGCAUCACCAUCUCAGGAGCAGCCCCCGAACCAACAAAAACAGCUUGAUUUGUCUACAGACUUCCCACCUCUUGUCCAAGGAAAGUGA